AUGUGGCAAAAUCGGGCCAUCAUAAAUCUCUUUAUCACAUUUUAUGCCUUUCUGUUUAUGGCAUUAGCUGCUGUUACCGACGCUUAUAUUUUCGGAAGUGGAAACUACGUCCGGUUUCGUCGGCCGGAAGAUAUUUGGGAACCACCAUUUCGUACUGUUUUAUGUGACAGCUAUCCAAUACGUAUACAGAUAGAAGCGGAUCCAGAAAAAAUCUGUCGAAGUUUCAUAAAUCAAAUGAAACAAAUCAGUUACGAUUAA